AAAAUAAAAAAAAAUAUAAUUACAAUAUAUUAAAGCAAUACUUACGGUGUACUUUUUGGUUAGUGGUGUAGAUAAAAAUCAAGUAAAAAAUAUAUACAAAAUUUUUUUCGCGCAUGCGGAGUGUCGGGACGCGCACACCAUUUAUUUUUUUUUUUUUUUAUUUUAUUUUAUUUUAUUUUUUUUUUUUUUUUUUUUAUUCACUAACACGAUCCACAAGAUUUAUAUUGGCACUAACACGGUGCACUAAGUGAAGCUACAACUUACAGUGACCUGAACUAUACAACUAGAAAGAUUCCAAUUUCUGUGGCUCUGAUUGGCUGCUGGUAGGCCAACGGUUAUUCAAGAAAAAUUUGUUGGUUAAACAGAAGAAAGUUUAAGAUUGAAAAGAAAAAAAAUAAGGAUUUUGUGUGGGUUAAUUUACUUACCAGUGAAGCGGCAGUUAAUAAUUUUUCCAAGGUUCUUAGUUUAUUGUUAAAAAUUUAUUUUUUUUAUUAAUAUUGUUGUUAUUUAUUACUGUUCGGGUUAAGAUAGUGCUAGUGUAUGUGCAUAGUGCGGUGGGCCAGGUGCAAAUGUGUACUGGCGAGUAGGUGUACCAUACACGUAAAUUAUGUGUAUGGAUGUACAGUCUAGCGAAAUGGGUGACAGGAGUUUUGAUGAGGACGUACAGAUAGUGAGGUGUCACAUCGAAAAAAUUGCAGAUGGUGGCGCGGUGGUUUCUCGCGGGUUUGUCGUCGGUGAUCCCCAAGUACCGCCAGUAGCGUCAGCAAGCGGCCAGACAUUCAGUCACGGUCGGUACCGCGAGAAAAUCCGAUUGAUACGUUCAAACCGCGAGUAUGUGUAAUAUAAUGUGCACAAUAAUUAGUUUAGUGCAGUACGUAUACACACAUAUGAUAGUAAUCCAACGAGUGUAGCUUAAAACUGAAGUAAAGUAACUGAACUUAAAUAAUGGAUCGGAGCAGCAGCAGCAGCAGCAGCAGCAGCAGCUGAGGUGGAGCUGGCGACGAGUCGUCGACUCCACUCGCUCAGCGCCUCUACUGUUAAACUAUCUUCCAUUUUUUAAUUUAUCCGUAGUAUCUAAACUUACUCUCCUAUGUGGAUAAAUCUUUAAUUCGAAAAUGUGAACCCAACCGGGCUCGAAUCCUCGGGGAUUCUGCACAGGCCGAUCCGAGUAAGGAAUCGUGCGCUGUCAAUCCUUAAUAAUUAAAUAAUAAUAAUUGUAAAUUAUAAAUUGAAAAAAUUUGUGCUCCAAUCCAAUAAGUUAACAAAAAAGUGUCAGCUUUUUCGAAGCAAGGAUUAAUUAAUUAAUUAAUUAAUAUUGUGCCGAAAAUUGAAAUAUUUAUUUUAAAAAAAUAAUAUUAUUUUUACACUAAAAAUAAGACUGAUUUUUGGAGUCUUGCUGGAGGUGUGUUUACCACGAGACUGUCGGUGCUGUACGAUGUCUAUGCACGAGUGGACGGGUGCGUAAACGUCAGUGCAUUAUCAUGUGAUAAUGUGGACUUUUGACGAGGUACCUGUUAAACAAGAGCGUCCAGAUGAAGCGGAAAUCCGGGAAUUGGCUGCCAAAAUGGUGGAAGCAAACAAGGCGAAAAUGCAGUCAAUGCCUGCACCGCCGGUAAGACCUGCUAAUAAUAAUUUACCGGGAGGUCAAACCGGGAUACUUGGUUAUUUAACCCGUAAACCAGUUGAGGGAACUGGAGCUGGAGCAGCAGCACAACCAGCAGCCGCUAAAUCUCCAUCAAAGGAUCAAGAUGGUAAAGUGCCACUUGAUGAUGAAAGCCAGCGGGGUAGAUUUGGCUGGGUGUCGUUUGAAAAAGUUCACAUACCUUAUAUAUUUCGCGGUAGUGAAAAAUAUUGUGCUGUUAGGAUACUUGAGGCCAAGCUACUAAAUAAGUACCUGAAUUAUCUUCACUCAGAUAUUUACAGUUGUACAUGUAUUAAAAGUUACUUUAUAACUGAAGCGGAGAGUAAAUUAUUAAAUGAAAUAAAUAACAAACAUUGUGAAAAUCAAUUUGGUAAAGAACAAUUUACAACUAGAGAUUUAGUAGUGCGUUUAUCUGAUGCUAGAGAAUUUUACACAUUUUUAGAUGUAUGUUAUACUAAAUUAACAAGUAACAGUGUUAUCGGAAAUAAUAGUGGUAAUAAUAAUGGACAUAAUAAAAAUGAUAAAUGCGGAUUUAUACGUAUUAACAAAGAAUCUGUUGUUCCAUACACAAUAAAAGAUAAUUUAAAAUACGUACCGUUAUUUUAUUUUGAAGGUGAAACGGACAAUUUAAAAUUAAAAGCCGAAAAAUUAGAAGGCUGGGACUUGUCUUAUUUAAAAUUUUGUUGUAAAGUACAGGGUAUACGUAAUGAAUUAUUUGCUAGUGAAACAUGUUCUGUUAUAAGUUUAACUGAUAUUAAAAGUUAUUUUCCACCUGGUACUGGCUUUGAAGACUAUUGGCCUAGUAAAGUUAUGGACUCACAGCUAUUUGUUAAUGGAAAAAGUGGCGCUAGUGCUGGUGGAUGGACCAAACAACCACCCGCACCACCGGCUAAUAUUAUUAACAAACAAUUACAAAAUAAUUCAACCGGUAAAUCCUCCGCGCAAUUGACAUCAAGAUCGUCCGCUGGUUUGCAAAAUAUCCCACGCAAUAGUCCUGCUAAUGCAACCACCUUACAGCCAGUUAAUCAGUCAUCAAGAUCUGCUGUUACAACCCAUCCAGCUCAUGUAUCUUCUAACUCUUUGUCUGCAAAUGCAAGAUCUACUGUUGCUAAUAAUAAUGCUCAAAAUAUGCUCGGUUCAUUAACGACUGUUAAUGGAUGGACUGGAUUAGUUGGUGGACAACCAGCCUUCCAAACUGCUAUUGUACCUCAAUCAAACGCCGUUAUUAGGAUGACUAAUUCAGCGCUUAUACAUAAUGCUUAUCAACAACCAUCAAGAAGUAGAGCUGGAGGCAACGGUACUGCAGUACCUGGACAAUAUCCAUCUUAUCCAGUUACAACAAUCCAAACAAUUCCGCAAGCACAACCGACUUUGCGAGCAACUGCGCACUCAAACCAACCUAAUCUUGGUUAUCCAACCUAUGGGAAGGAUGACUGGGUUGGUUCAACUUACACGACAUCGGGUCUAACGAACCCAAAUAUUGUGACAGCAAGUACCUAUCCUCAAAUGCUAAAUUUGAGUCCAGACCAGGUGCAAGCUCUCUUACACCCACAAUCACCGGCGGCAUCGGCGUUAUUGUCUCACUCUCAGAGGCAUACGCCACCUGCGCACAAUGCGCAUAAUAAUGCACAUCCGAAAACUGCGGCGUAUCCACCACCGCUUAUACCAGUUAACGGCAACUCAAAUAAUGCCAGAGAUUCACAUGGAAGAAAACAGUUGAUACUUAUUCAGGAUGCACCAGUUUCAAAUACCUCUCAUGUACAACCCUACGGAAUACAAAAAGCACUGGUUGAAGAAAAAUUAGUGCCGUGUAUUAAUUACAAACCGUACAUUUAUUCCGAACUAUUAAUGACAUUACCGGAUUUUGUAUCGCAGUAUUUUCCUGCCUGUGAUAUUAAUAAUUGUCGGCAAGUUAUUACGGAGGUCCUUGAUUGUGAACUAUAUCAAGGAAAUAGGCAACAAAUGAAAAAAUUGAUGGAAGCUGGUAAAUGUUCAUCACUGACAGAUGAAUUGCCAUUGAUCCAUGUGCGAAGUAUAAUGAAAUUUAUGCCUCAAAUGAAAUAUAUGUUUAGAAAUAUGGCAAUGCCACCAACAACAGCUCAUUCAAAUGACGAGCAUCCAUCAAAAAAACGACAGCGUACGAGCUAGGAUUGGCUCCAGCCUUACUGGCCCACUUAUGAUUACUACCAUUCGGCAUUUUAAUAAAUAAAUAAAUAAUAAUAAUAAUAAUAUUAGUAGAAAUAAAAAUAAUAUAACUACAAUUAUAAUAACAAUUAUUAAUAAUUAAUAACUAAUAAUAAUAUAAUUAAAAGUGUCAUUUAUAAAGUGUCGCGUGUGGUAAAGUGGCACCUACUGUGUUUAUAUUUAUUAAAACGAACUUUUUUUUUUUUUUUUUUUUCAUGUUAAUGCACUUUAUCAUUUAUUAUUUAUCGAUAAAAUAUUAACGAUUUAAAUAACUAAUACAUUUAAAUAAAAAUAAAAUAUGAAUUUAAAUCAAGUAACUAGUGCGAUGAUUACUAUUUUAUUAUUAUUUAUAAAUAAUAAAAUAAUAAAGAGUUCGUGUCUGCGCGUAAGGCUUUAAAAUCUGCGCAUCGUAUCGCAAGAUGGAAAAUAAUGCCCUUUUCUUCACAUUAAUGACUGAAAAAAAUUAUUAAGUAAAUAUAAUUAAGCGAAUUGAAAAAAUUAAAUAUUCAAACUUAAUAAUUAAUAAUCACUAUGAUUAUUAUUGGGUAACACGACAUUUCAGAUCCUGGCAAAAUAUCUCCAACAAAAUAUCCC